GGGCCUCCAGAAGAGAGGAUGCUGUCUGGUGCUGGGCUACAUGGCCAAGGACACGUUCCGGAGAAUGAGUGAAGGCCAAGUCUACUCCUUCAGCCAGCAGCCCCAGGACCAGGUGGUGGUGUCGGGACAGCCGGCGACACUGCUGUGCGCCAUCCCCGAAUACGAUGGCUUCGUUCUGUGGAUCAAAGACGGCUUGGCCCUGGGUGUGGGCAGGGACCUCUCAAGUUACCCGCAGUACCUGGUGGUCGGGAACCACCUGUCAGGGGAGCACCACCUGAAGAUCCUGCGUGCAGAGCUGCAGGACGACGCCGUGUACGAGUGCCAGGCCAUCCAGGCUGCCAUCCGCUCCCGCCCCGCACGCCUCACGGUCCUGGUGCCACCCGAUGACCCCAUCAUCCUGGGCGGGCCAGUGAUCAGCCUGCGGGCGGGGGACCCCCUCAACCUCACCUGCCACGCAGACAACGCCAAGCCGGCGGCCUCCAUCAUCUGGCUGCGCAAGGGACAAGUCAUCAACGGAGCCACCUACUCCAAGACACUGCUCCGGGAUGGCAAGCGAGAGAGCAUCGUCAGCACCCUCUUCCUCUCCCCCGGCGACGUGGAGAACGGGCAGAGCAUCGUGUGCCGCGCCACCAACAAAGCCAUCCCUGGAGGGAAGGAGACCUCGGUCACCAUUGACAUCCAGCACCCCCCACUCGUCAACCUGUCAGUGGAACCGCAGCCAGUGCUGGAGGACAACGUCGUCACGUUCCACUGUUCUGCAAAGGCCAACCCGGCUGUCACCCAGUACAGGUGGGCCAAGCGGGGCCAGAUCAUCAAGGAGGCAUCUGGAGAAGUGUACAGGACCACCGUGGACUACACGUACUUCUCAGAGCCCGUCUCCUGCGAGGUGACCAAUGCCCUGGGCAGCACCAACCUCAGCCGCACAGUUGACGUCUACUUCGGGCCCCGGAUGACCGCGGAGCCGCAAUCCCUGCUCGUGGACCUGGGCUCCGACGCCGUCUUCAGCUGUGCCUGGAUCGGCAACCCCUCCCUGACCAUCGUGUGGAUGAAGCGGGGCUCCGGGGUGGUCCUGAGCAACGAGAAGACCCUGACCCUUCAAUCCGUCCGCCAGGAGGAUGCCGGCAAGUACGUGUGCCGGGCCGUGGUGCCCCGCGUGGGAGCCGGCGAGCGAGAGGUGACCCUGACUGUCAAUGGGCCGCCCAUCAUCUCCAGCACGCAGACGCAGCACGCCCUGCACGGCGAGAAGGGCCAGAUCAAGUGCUUCAUCCGCAGCACGCCGCCGCCCGACCGCAUCGCCUGGUCCUGGAAGGAGAACGUGCUGGAGUCGGGGACGUCGGGGCGCUACACGGUGGAGACCAUCAGCACCGAGGAGGGCGUCAUCUCCACCCUGACCAUCAGCAACAUCGUGCGAGCCGACUUCCAGACCAUCUACAACUGCACCGCCUGGAACAGCUUCGGCUCUGACACUGAGAUCAUCCGGCUCAAGGAGCAAGGUUCGGAAAUGAAGCCGGGAGCCGGGCUGGAAGCAGAGUCCGUGCCGAUGGCUGUCAUCAUCGGGGUGGCCGUAGGAGCCGGCGUGGCCUUCCUCGUCCUUAUGGCAACCAUCGUGGCCUUCUGCUGUGCCCGUUCCCAGAGAAAUCUCAAAGGUGUUGUGUCAGCCAAAAAUGACAUCCGAGUGGAAAUUGUCCACAAGGAGCCGGCCUCUGGUCGGGAGGCUGAGGAGCACCCCACCAUCAAGCAGCUGAUGAUGGACCGGGGUGAAUUCCAGCAAGACUCAGUACUGAAGCAGCUGGAGGUCCUCAAAGAAGAAGAAAAAGAGUUUCAGAACCUGAAGGACCCCACCAACGGCUACUACAGCGUCAACACCUUCAAGGAGCACCACUCCACCCCCACCAUCGCCCUCUCCAGCUGCCAGCCGGACCUGCGCCCCGCGGCCAAGCAGCGCGUGCCCACCGGCAUGUCCUUCACCAACAUCUACAGCACCCUGAGCGGCCAGGGCCGCCUCUACGACUACGGGCAGCGGUUCGUGUUGGGCAUGGGCAGCUCCUCCAUCGAGCUCUGCGAGCGGGAGUUCCAGAGGGGCUCGCUCAGCGACAGCAGCUCCUUCCUGGACACGCAGUGCGACAGCAGCGUCAGCAGCAGCGGCAAGCAGGACGGCUACGUGCAGUUCGACAAGGCCAGCAAGGCCUCGGCCUCCUCCUCCCACCACUCCCAGUCCUCCUCGCAGAACUCCGACCCCAGCCGGCCCCUGCAGCGGCGGAUGCAGACCCACGUCUAGGAUCACGCGCGGGUGGGGACCGGCCGGGAAGAGGGCCCUGUUCCGGGUCUCGGGCACUAGGGCUACUUUGCGGAGGACCCCAGAACUGGCCACCGCCAGGGCAGCCCCCAGCGUUUCUGCCACCACUUUCCUUUGCAGCUCUCACCAAGCACAAAUCCGGGUCCCAGCUGCAGUGUGCCGGAGGCGGGCGGAUGGGGACGCACGGAGGACGCAGCCGAGUGAGUGUGCUUGGUGCUGGACGCCCUUGUCCCGGCCCUUUCCUGGAGGCCCUUCUCCACCUGCUCCUCCCACAGGCACAAGUGGCAGCUGUAACUUUGCUUUCAUGAAACUGCCGACCACUCUCCGGUCUCCCCGGGGUCUACCCCUUGCCGUCAGUAAGCCCCCACCCUGUGCCUGUGCUCCUGUACAGCCCUGCGGGGAGGGGGGAAGUUCUUCCAGCACUGAGCGGCCCCGAGACCUGGGCUCCCUGCUGCUCACAGCACACACCCUGGAGGCUGAGAAGCCAGAAAUGGCCCCAGCCAAAGGGGCAUGUCUCCCAUCGCGCUCACCGGAGCCCACCCCUGAUCCGUUUGGUGUUUUGUGUCCAUACUCUUACAGUUCUGUCCUCGGACUUGAUAACUCUGAACUCUAAGGUGGGACUGGCCCAGUGGAGCCUGGAGCACUGGGGGGAAGGAAGGAAGGAGGGAGAGUGUGAGCGCCGGGGCGACCUUGCCCGACACGCCCCGGGCUAGGCCGUGUGCUUCAGAGCCUCCUCGCCCACCUCCUGCUUCGUGUGCUCCCCUCCUCCCCUCAGCACAGGCUCGGUCAAUACAAGAAGUGUGAGAGCGUCUCUGGUCAGGGUUCUUUGAAGUUACGGAGAGUGUUUCCUGGGAGGUGUCAGGUUUGAGGGGCCCGGAGGUCAGGUCUUUCAGACGGCGAGAGGCGCGUUCCCAGCUGACGCACACAAGGACGACGAUCCUGUCUUCAGUAAGACUCCAUGAGCGAGAGAGAAAGUAUCUCUACACCUCACCCUCCUGUUCACCACCUGAGAAUAAAUGCUAGGGCCA